AUGACUCGCUUACGGCAGCUGAUGGUGCUAAGCCGCGAUUUGGCGCGCUCUAAGCAGUUCUAUCAAGAAGGACUGGGGCUUAAGCUGCUUCGCUCAUCGGAAACAUUUGCAGAGUUUGAUAUACAGGCGAGUGUGCCGUUAUGCGUCAAGUUGGCGCAAAGUGAAGCUGCUUGUUGCAGCGGAUACUCGCCAUUUUUAAACUUUGAUAUCGUGGAUCUCAGUGAUGCUGUGCCGCGGCUACUGAUGCUGGGAGCGAUCAUGGACGGCCCCAUCAAGUACCCGGCACACGGGAAGGUAGCGGCUUUGCGAUCACCGGACGGUGUUAUGAUUGGUCUAUAUGAGCCUAAUUCGUGGACUAACGUAACUACUGCAUGA